AUGCCGGCCUCCCUGGCCCGCCUGGGCCUCCUCCUGCUCGGCCUGGCCUUCCCGCCGGCCCCGGCCGGCCCUUUGGCCCCCUUCGACCUCCUCUACGCCGACGGCGUGCGCGCCUACUUCGCCCAGGACUGGCCGCGGGCCGCCCAGCUGCUGCAGCGCGCCCUGGAGAGCCACGCGCGCCUGCGGGACGCGCGGCGCCGCUGCCAGCGCGCCUGCCGGGCCGAGGCGGGCUGGGCGGCCGCGACCCCUCCGGGCCGGCCCUGGGAGGCCGGCUUCUUCGAGCGGCUGCUGCAGCGGGCCGAGUGCGUGCAGGGGUGCCUGGGCCGCCGCCUGGACGGGCCGCCUUCCCUGCACCGCGCCGCGGCCGAGGUGCGGCGCGGCUUCGAGGAGAGGGAGCCCUACAACUACCUGCAGGUGGCCUUCUUCAAGCUCAAGCGACUGGAUGAGGCCGUUUCUUCCGCUCACACGUUCUUUGUGGCCAACCCACAGCACUUACAGAUGCGGGAGGAUAUGGAGAAAUACCAGCGCAUGGCGGGGGUGAAAGAAGAGAGCUUUCGGGAUCUUGAGGCCGUGCCACACUGGGUGGCCUACGAAGCCGGGGUGCGCCAUUACAAGGCGGAUGACUACCAGCAGGCGCUGAAAGAGUUUGAGGAGUCGCUCCGCGAAGGGCUGCUGGCACUGGAGGAUUGCCGAGCCCUCUGCGAGGGGCUGCAAGAGGAAGACGAAGAAGAGGAGGGGACUCAGCUUGGCCUCUAUGAAGCCAUUGCAGUCCACUAUCUCCAGGUCUUGAAGUGCCGGCAGAGAUGCGUCCUCGACAUCGCCACCAAGCCAGGGAGGGUUUCUUCCGUGGAGGACUUCAUCCCAUCUCAUUUUGACCUGCUGCAAUUCGCCUAUGGCCAAGUGGGGAACCAGACCCUGGCCGCCGAAUGCGCGGCAACCUACUUGCUCUUCUACCCAUCGGAUGAGAGGAUGCUAGAGAAGAUGAAGCAGUAUCAGUCGGCGCUGGGGGCAGAAACACCUGUUACUGCCAGAGAGGUGAUUCGCAGUUACGUACGCCGGUCUCUCAUGGAGAAGAAACUGAUUUACUAUGCUGUGGAGCACCUUGGGGAAACGUUUGAUGACCCCGAGUUGUGGACUCCGGAGGAAUUGAUCCCUGAGAGCAUGAAGGCAAAGCACAGAGAAGACCAAGAGAAGCAGAGGCUGGAGGCCCCAGAGAUGGAACAGCAGCAGCUAAGAGGCCCUCUGCCCUUUGAGGGCGUGACCAUCACCAUGGAUUCCCAGCUGCUCAAUGGCUCGCAGAGGGUCGUCUUGGACAGAGUCCUGACCGAAUCCGAAUGCAAAGACGUCCUUCACCUGGCCAAGGCAGCCGGCGGAUCAGGAGAUGGUUAUCGUGGCCGGCGUUCGCCUCACACCCCGCAUGAGAGAUUUGAAGGGCUCACAGUGCUCAAGGCUUUGCAGCUAGCUGAGGAGAGCGCCGUGAACUGGAGGGAUGUGAAACUGCUCCUGCAAGCCAGCGAGAAAUCCCGUAAAAUCAUCGAGUCCUAUUUCACCCCUGAGAAAAAGCUCUACUUUUCGUUCACGCACCUGGUCUGCCGCACAGCCGCCGAGGGGGAACAGGAGGGCCGCAUGGACCUUAGUCACCCUGUCCACGCAGACAACUGCCUUUUAGACCCAGAUGGGAACACCUGCUGGAAGGAGCCUCCUGCUUACAUCUACAGAGACUUCAGCGCGAUCCUCUACCUGAACGACGACUUCCAAGGGGGAAACCUUUUCUUCACUGAGAUGGAUGCCGUGACUGUUACGGCCCAGGUACGGCCAAAAUGUGGGAGGCUGGUGGCCUUCAGCUCUGGUGGGGAGAACCCCCACGGCGUGUGGGCUGUGACCCGUGGAAGACGCUGCGCCAUCGCCCUGUGGUACACCCUUUCUCCAGAGCAUGCAGAACAGGAUUGGGCCCAGGCAGAAGAGAUGGUGAAACGGAAGGAGGCAGAACAGGAAGCGUUGCGUUUGGAUGACAAGGAGAACGCCGAAGCUGGCCGCAGCACCGGGGACUCGCCAGAGCCCCCUGCUCCCCAGGGAAGGGCCAGAUCCGCUGGCCGGAGGAGCAAACCGUACUCAGAGUCUGGGGUCCGGUCCAAGGGGCAGCAGACCAGAGAUGAACUCUGA